AUGAUUGCGUACUUUGCAUGGCGAGUGAUUACUGGUUUGCAUCAUCAAAUUACUUAUCUGAUGCAGGUAGUUGGUCAUACACGAUGUCUGAUUGACGCAGGUUUUGCAAGGGCAAAAAAGCUGUUCCGUCGCACAGACUGUGAUAGUAUGAGUGAACUUCAGAGAGUUUUUGAUCAUUCUUCAACAACAAACAAAGGUAUUCUCUACGACAACGGAAGAGAGUCUACAUGGAAAUACUACGGUUGGAAAGAGUUUUUGGGCCGUUUUUUCAACUCAUUACCUGGUAUUUCAAAAUACCACUCUUUCCGAUUUCAUGUGGAAUUUCCAGGAUUUGUAUUUGUAAAAGAAAAUAGUGAUUCGGCCGAGAAAAAAAUCAAAAUAUCAAAACCAGAUGGACUUCAGCAGAUUCCGGGAAAUUUUCCUAGGGAACUUGCACCCCUCGGAAUGUCUAGAGAAAGAGCUCAGUAUCUUUAUAAGAAGGUCAGACCGUAUGUACGUCCAAGAUGUCAAGAUGAAUUAUGCCCUCCAGCCCAGACUGAAGAAUAGCUUACCUAGGCUAUUUAUUUUCCAUUAAAAAUGUGAC